AUGGAUCCAGAAACAUCGCGCUCGCUCGCCAAGCGGCCUGACGGCCAGCUCAUGCCUCCACCUCCGCCUCCGAAGCGCAUUAAACGUCCCACAACAGCAUUGGAUGAAGAUGUCUACACCGAAUCCAUGUCGCAUAUCAUUUCGCGUGACUUUUUUCCUGGUCUGCGUGAGACUCAGGCGAAGCAGGAGUACCUCGAUGCCGUGGAGUCCAAAGACAAAGAGUGGAUUAUUAGCGCAAAGCGGAAGCUCGCAGAUGUUAUGCAAAGUCCAAUACCCGGUUCGAAUGCCAGACGAAGAUCCAGCCCCGCAUCAGUCGCAAGCACGCCACAGCAUGUUCUGCCAGGCCAGCCAGAUGAGACCCCUCGUGGAUGGGGAGGCGAUACUCCCAUAUCGGUCGCAUCGGCAACAACUGGCGCCACCGGAGAAAAGGACCGCAUUGUGCCUGAUCUGUCAAACAUGAGUCUGAUGGCAUUUCAAGCCAGGUACACUAGUGAUGAUAAUGAGUCCUUCAACAAGGUCCUUGACAAGCAAAAUUCCGCGCGUCGAGAGAAGCAUGCUUGGAUUUGGAACAACAAUAAGAUCCCGUCAGCACGACAGAUUGCGCAUCACCAGCAGGAGACGAAGCGUAUUACUGCUCAGGGCGGGAAUCCAAACAAGGAUCUUGUUCUGCGAAAUCCAUCGACCGAGCCAGCCAUAAAGACCGACCUCGCAGCACGUCCAGCUAGGCCCGAUUCUUGGAAUGCCCGUCCUGAAAAUUCGCUCAUGUUCCACCCUUCUUCCGUCGAAGAUACGCACGAAACAAGACAACAAAAGGCUGAAAAUGCCUCCAGGGCUGGACCGAAGCGUGUCUUGCAUCAGAACACCAGAAUUGUCGAUGCUGACGCGGCUGCGGCCGCAGACGCCACUCGGAAUACACCGUCCUCGCCAUCCAUGUCCGCAAUCCAAGAUGCCAUUGCAGGCAGGCCACAACUAAGCGAGUCGGAUGCAGGGUCUGCGAUUGCGGGAGGGGAAACCCCACGCGUAAACGGGUACGCCUUUGUCGAUGAGGACGAGCCAGAAUCAAUUGCUGGCCCAAUCGACUCCUCCUCUGAACUAGACUGGCGUCUUCUCGGCCCGACGGAUUCGACCCCCAACCCCUUUCAGAUCGCCGAAACACGGAAGCGAGAGGCCUUACAUCAUCGCAUGGUCGACCGUGUUGCUCGCAACAAACGUGCUGAAAAAGCGGCUCGCACAACCAAGACUCCUGUGACGCCCACGCCCCGUUUUGCCAGCAGUCCCCGAUUAGAUUUCGGAUUGCGUGGAUCGACCCCGAGCGCCAGAUCGGGUUCUCCUCAUGGAAAACUGCUCACCCCAGCGGCACAGAGGUUGCUGCACUCGGUUGGUGGCAGUACACCGCGAACUUCCUCGGCUUCCAAGACGAGCUCCGGGCUGGGGAACGUCUGGACGCCGACGCCUGGACGCAAAUGA